AUGGCAAUUGACUUGCAAGAGGGCCGCGGCUUCCGGCAGCGCUAUGGGGGCCGCGAGGGUCGCGAGCCACCACCCCGGCGCCGGGAGUUGGAGGAGGAGCGAUACUGGCAGCGGAGUAGGCGGGUGAGCCCCUCCAGACGUUCCAGAUCAAGGCCCCGCGCGGCCUCACCACCACGUCGCCGUCGCGAUUACGACGAUCGGGGUCGUGAGCGGGGAGGACAAGAUCGACGCCCUCCCGGGCGUGAUGAGGAUCCUCGCGAUGGCAGCCGAGGGCGAAGGCGAGCUUCCCGCUCUCACGCGAGCGGUUCGCGCCGGCAGGGUUCCGUGCCGUCUCCAUGCGCGGCUGAACGCAGCGGCCGCAGCCGCGCGAAGGAGAAGACCGAGGACGCGCCCUCAGCGGCAGCCACGGAUGCCCCAGCGCUUUCAACAAACAAAGAGGCAGAGGUCAAGAAGGAGCCAGAGGUGCAGAAGCUUGCCAUUUCUGCACGCGACGGCUUCUCCGUGGGCCAGCGCGUGAAGGCCCGCUACCUCUCUGGAAGCUUCUACACAGCCACGAUCGAGGGAUUCUUGGCUGACGGUCAAGUUCUGCUGCAAUGGGCGGACGGCGAUGCCAACGAUCGGAAGAAGAAGUCCGAGGAGUUGGUGCCCUGCGAUGCCUCGGGACAUCCACUCGGCAGCGAAGCGGAAGCUGCGGCGCGACGUGAGGCCAAGGAGGCCAAGGAGGCGGAGGCCCCGAAGCCGCAGGCACCACCAGCACCGACGCCUCCGACGGAGGCCGAGCUGACACCGGCCGAGCGGGCACAGGCAGAAAGGAUCCGCGAGUUCCAGCGCUUACGCCAGGGUGGGGAGCCGAAGGUGGCCCCUGAGGCUGCACCCACAGCUGCGGAGAACGAAUCGCGACCUUCUGGGGAAAGGAUUGCUCAGGACCCACCGGCUCCACGUGCUCCAGAACUACCGCUUGCAGAACGGCAGAAGCUGGAGGAGCGGCUGCAAGUGCUUCGAGUGCAGUACCUCAGGCUUCACGAGCAGAUCUCCGCUGAUACUGAGUCGACGGAGAAGGAGAUGCAAGAGCUAGUGCGUAGCGGCGCCAGUGACAAGGACCUCAUGACCUUCCGCAGCGAGCGCCUCAGCCUCCAAAGUGGCCAGCGUCUCGCGGCCCUGCAGAUCUCGAAACAGAUCACUGAAGUGGAGCAGAAGCUGAACCCCGACCGCGGGCUGAGGAGUGACCUCGAUCGGAUCAACGGCGACAAGCAAAAGGAGCCAGCAAGCUCGCCUUCGCAUUCGCCACAGCCCUCGUUGCAGGAGUUGUGGGGAUCUGGCUAG